AUGUCGUCGCCUAUCAUGCUGCAGUUUUCGGGGCCGCCAAUUGUGAUCGAGGCCAUCCCUCUCACUCGCGAGGCCUUUGCGCCCUUUGGCGAUGUGAUUGAGAAUCCACGACCAACAACCAAUCCAUCCUCAUUCUCAUCAUUGCCGCUCUUGUCACGAUCUUCACUACCUUUUAACCCGGUUCCCGCAAACCAGGGUUCAGCCAUCAAGUAUCAGCAUGUUUCACGGCCCAUCAAUCUCUAUUCACAAGCCCCAAGCGGGCGGCCGGGAGAGCCGGUCAUGAACAUCUUUGUCUGCGCUGCUCGCGUUCCCCUCCCUCCAACUGCCGAGGGACCGCCCUCAGAAUUCCACGUCUCGAUUCUUGAGCGCCAUCCCUACACAACUCAGACCUUCACUCCGCUUACCGCCGAUCCAUCUGCUCGCUAUCUCGUUAUCGUUGCGCCAACGCUUCCCCCAGACAGCCCUGGAGCUGCCAAUCUUAGUAGUGAUGGUCCCGAUGCUGAGCCGUCCCCUGCGCUGCCCACGCCGGCAAGCAUUCCCUCAGGAGCCAGCUAUCCGCGGCCUCUUCCCGGGCCAGGCAUGCCAGACCUGAAGCAAAUGCGCGCAUAUGUGGCAACGGCCAGCCAGGCUGUCACCUACGGGGCGGGGACGUGGCAUGCGCCCAUGGUAGCGCUAGGCAUGGAGGGAACGGCAGUGGACUUUGUGGUGUCGCAGUUCGCGAAUGGGGUCGUGGUUGAAGAUUGCCAGGAGGUGGUCUUUGGCCCGGGGGUUACUGUGAAGGUGCCCCCCUCUGCUGUCUCUGGGAAGAGAGAAGCAAGGGCAUUCAAAUUAUGA